GCCGGGGAAAGCGAAGCCGAGGACAAGAACGAGGCUGUGAUGUGAUAUACAGUCCUAGUAGUACGUAGCAUCGACCCUCUUUCUUCAAGGUCAUAUUCCAAAAACGACAGUGAAUCCCGUAUCGCCUCGACAUUUGUGUUCAUUACUCCAGAGAUUCCAUGUGCGCUGUGCGGUCCGACUCCAUUACAUACAUGACCUUGUAACAAACAACACGGCCCCUUAUCACUCCGUCGGUUGUACUUUACACACUUGCUGUGUAGUACAGUAUCCCACAAUGGCCUCCCCGCCAGUUAUCAAGCUCGAAUACAACGGCCGGCUGGCCAUCAUCACGAUUGACAACGAGAAGAAGCUCAACGCGCUCACGCAGAACGACUACUACGACCUCGCCCAGAAACUGCGCGAGGUAGCCACGCACGACGAAGUCUACAUCACGCUUCUCAUCGGCAAAGGCCGGUACUUUUCCGCAGGCGCGGACGUGACAGUCGUACGCCCAACCUUCCCCACCUCCUCCUCCCCCUCCGCUUUCCAGGGGCAAGACAGCGCAAGCCCACCACCCGCAGAACCGUCGGGCCACCGCGUCUUCCUGCAGAACUUCGUCGCCUUCAACCUGAACAUCGCCCAGGCCUUCUACACGCACCCCAAGAUCCUCGUCGUGGGGCUCAACGGGCCGGUGGUGGGGCUCUCCGCCGCCCUUAUUUCUCUAGCCGACUUCAUCUACGCGGCCCCGCACGCCUUCCUGCUCACGCCCUUCAGCUCGCUGGGGCUGGUGACCGAGGGCGUGGCGUCGCGCGCCCUGGUGCAGCGGCUCGGCCUGGCCAAGGCUAACGAGGCGCUGAUCAUGAGCAAGCGCAUCAGCUGCGAGGAGCUGGCCGCUACUGGUUUCGUGAACAAGGUGUUUGCCGAGUGCGGAAGGGGCCCCGGGGAGGAUGAGAAGUUCCGGGCGCUGGUGCUGAGGGAGAUUGAUGAGCGGUUGGGCGAGCAUUUGGUGGGUGAGAGCUUGUUGGGGAUCAAGAAGCUGAUUCGGCAGCCCGAGAGGGAGGUCAUGGAUCGGCAGAAUGUGGCCGAGGUGUUUGGCGGGUUGGAGAGGUUCAUGAGCGGGGUGCCGCAGGAGGAGUUCGCCAAGAUUGCCUCGGGAAAGAAGAGGCAUAAACUCUGAGUGAGGGGUUACGAUGUCUUG